AUGCCGGACGAGGAGGAGACACCGGCCGGGGGGGAGGCCACCGCGCAGGAGGCCCCGGCCCAGGAGCCUGCUGCAGGUGGCAGCCCCGACGCUGCCGCGCUCGAGGACAGCGACGACGGCGACGGCGGCGCCGCGGCGCCCGAGCAGCCGGCUGAAGCCCCCGCGAAGGACGAGGCCGCCGAAGACGACGCCGGCGACGCCGCAGGAGACGACGACGCGGUGGCCGCCCUCGAGGACGACGACGAGGGCGGCGAGCCCGCGGGCGACGACGCGGCCGCCGAGGACGCGGAGGCGGAGCGGAAACGCCGGAAGAGGGAGAAGAAGGAGCGUCGCAAACGGAGGCGGAAGAAGAAGCGCGCGGAGUCCGAGGAGCCCGAGGAGGGCGAGGGCGAGGCCGACGAGGACGACCUGCUGCUCCUGCAGGACGCGGGCGUGCAGGUGCGGAAGAAGGGCCUGAAGCGGCUGAAGCGGGCGGGGGGCGACGCGGACGAGGAGGAGGGCCUGGUGGGGCGCACGGCGGAGGAGGUGGAGCGCGAGCUGUUCGGCGCGGGCGGGCUCGAGGACGAGGACGCAGAGGGCGAGCGGGCCGCGGGGGAGGGCGCGGGCGGCGACGCGCAGCCGGUCGGCGCGGACGAGGACUUCGACGAGGAGGGCGACGACAUGGGCGGGUUCAUCGAGCACGACAUCGACGGCCUGAAGGUGGAGCACGAGGCGGCGCGCAAGGCGCGGGAGCGCAUCCGGGGCAACGCAUCGCUGCAGGGCGUGGACGAAGAGGCGCUCGCGGACGCGCAGGACAUCUUCGGCGGCGCGGACGAGAUGCUCAUGGAGUUCGAGGCCGCGCAGCGGCAGCAGGCGGAGGCGGAGGCGAUGGAGGCCGCGGCGCUCGAGGACGCGGUCGGCGGCGGCGCGGCCGCGCUGUACGGCGACGAGGGGCUCGAGGGGUUCAUCGAGGACGACGAGGGCGGAGAUCCCGAGGCCGCUGCGGCGCGCCGGGCCGAGGACAAGAAGAAGAAGCGGGAGGCGGCGCUCAAGCGCGCGCGGGAGCGCAUCGAUCCGGAGACGAUGAAGCGGCUGUACCUGACGGACCAGGACGAGGCGGUGCGGCAGAGCAACAUGCCGGAGCGCAUGCACGAGCGGCCGCUGCCGGAGCUCCCCGCGGGCAUGGGUGCCAAGGACGCCGCCGUCGCCGCGUCGUGGUGGGUCAACGACUGGCUGUGCCACCUGCCCGAGUCGGACCCGGUGCUGCGGACGCUGAAGCGCGGCGUGCGGGAGGUGGAGUUCAAGGACUUCGCCCGCGGGGAGCUCGAGGGCGGCGUGUGCGACCUUGGGACCCGCCGCGGGCUGUUCACCCCAAAGGAAGAUUACAAGCAGGAGAAGUUUCUGAGAGACAACAAGCUCCCGGCGUCCGACCCCAAGCGCGGCGUGCUCCAGGAGGACGUCUUCCACACGAUAGAGCUGCUGUGGGGUCACCGCGAGGUGGGUACCGAGCCGGUGCCGCUGGAGCCGCCGACGAUUGGGAUGUACCGAAAGGAGCUGGCCGGGGAGCUGAUCAACCUGCGCGAGGGCGACGAGCCGAGCUGGACGACCUUCCGCGAGGAGAACGAUCGCAGGAACAAGGGGCAGCCGGAGUACGUGGAGGGGACGAUUCAGGCGCACCACCGGCGGCUGCGGCGCUGGGACGUGCUGUACGCGGUGGAGGAGGCGGCGCGGCGGUGGCGCGCGCUCGAGGCGCUGCGCGCGCGCGGCGCCGAGGCGUACAGGCGGGCGGCGGAGGCGGCGGCGGACCCGGACGGCGACGACGCGCGCCGGCUGCGCGAGUGCCACUCGCUGCUCGAGAUGGUCGCCGGAGCGCCGGAGAGCGGCGAGCUGCGGCGGUCGUGGGGCGUCGCGCUCAGCCAGGCCGUGAUCGACGACGUGCAGCUCAAGGCCUCCGCGGUGAUGCGCGCCUCGGACGACGUCGGGCUUUCCAUGCACGCAACGGGCCUCGACGGCGACGACGGCGGCGGCGACGCCGGGCGCGUCAAGCGCAGCUCGCAGUACAAGGUCCUGCGCGACUCCGGCGCGGCGCCGCUCGCGCGGCGCCUCAUCCUGACGCCGCACCAGCUCGCAGAGAACCUCGAGGCAGGCGUAAACCUCCACUACACGCCGACGCCGUUCUGCGGGCUGGACGACCUCGUCGCGGACGAGGCCGCGCAGCCGCAGGCGGUGCUGCGGGACACCGACAAUCUCCUCAAGGCCGCGAGGCGGUUGGCGGCGCACGAGCUCGGCAUGGAGCCCGCGCUCCUGCAGGACGUCCGCCGGCUGGUGCACAGCUUCGGGCUGCUGUCGACGCACCCGACGGACGAGGGGGAGUCCCGCAUCGACGCGUUUCACCUCCUGGGCCCCGUGAAGCGCAUCUCGAAGAAGCCGCUGUCGCGGGUGGAUGGCGCCACGAUGGCGCUGGCCGUGCACGCAGAGCAGCAGGGCCUCAUCCGCAUCGAGAUCGAGCUCUCGCGCGGGCUCCCUGAGGACGAAGAGACCAAGAAGAAGAUGACGAUCGAGGAGGCCGUCCCCGACAUCGACCCGAGCCUGUACGGGGACAAGGAGUAUUGCGCCAUCAUCGAGACCGACGCCCAGGAGAGGGCGAUCGCAGAGAUGGAGGCAGCGGCCGCGCCGCGCGAGGACGAGAUGCGUGAGCUCGGCGAGGAGGCCGCGGAGGAGUACGCGAACCAGCGGCGCGCGAUCCUGACGGACGCGCUGGAGCAGCACCUGUUGCCGCGCGCGGUCGCGCAGGUCCGCGCGCGGCUGCUCGAGCAGUCGCACGCGCACAUCGCGCAGUGCGUGGGCGACGCGGCGUGGGAGCUCGCGACCGCGCCGCCGCUCGAGAUCGUCGGCAAGGAGGACGAGCGCGUGGCGCAGAUCAAGCUGCUGGUGCUGACGUGGGGCGACGGGAACCCGGAGCUCACCACGGGCGCCGUCGUGGACUACCGCGGGAACCUCGUCGACCACGCGACGUUCCCGCGGCUCUCCGGGCGCGUGCCGCGCACCCGCGGCUUGGACCGCGCCGCGCUCCUGAUGGACGCGCGCAAGGGGCGCGACUGCGAGGCGCUGCUGUCGAUGAUCCGCGUGCACCAGCCGCACGCCGUGCUCCUCGGCGCGUCGUCCUUCGCGUGCGCCACGCUCCAGGAGGACGUGUCGAACCUGUUACAGUAUUUGCUGCUGACGUAUCCCACCGAGAUGAACGCGGAAGUGGACGGGGUGCCGGAGCUGCGGCUGGUGGACGAGGGCAUCGCGCGGGUGUGGUGCGAGAGCGAGGCGGGCGUCACGGAGUUCCCGGAGCACUCGGCGGCGGUGCGCCGCGCGGUGGCCCUGGCGCGGUGCGCGACGGACCAACUGGCGGUCGUGUGCUCGCUCGCCGGGCGCAGCGGCGCGUCGGAGCUCCUAAGCCUCGACCUGCACCCCGCGCAGAACGUCGCCGCCGCGGACGACCGCGCCCUCGCGAUCGAGCGCGCGCUGGUCAGCGCCGUCGCACAGGUGGGCGUGGUCAUCAACGCCCUGUCGACCUUCCCGUGGCGCCGCGCGACGCUCCGGUUCCUCCCGGGCCUCGGGCCCCGCAAGGCGCGCGCGCUCCUCCAGGCCAUCGCGGGCCGCGGCGGCUUCGUGCACUCGCGCCGCGAGCUCCUCGAGCUCCUGGGGAAACACCGCGCGGUGUUUUGGAACUGCUCGGCGAGCGUGCGGAUCACGCCGGCCGACGGCGAGGACGGCACGCUGCACACCGUGCUCGACUCGACGCGCGUGCACCCCGAGGCGUACUCGCUCGCCAAGUGGGUGGUCCAGCAGGCGGUGCAAUGGGAGCGCGAGGCGGGGGACGGCGCAGGGGGCGGUGCGCGGCGCGGGGGCGCGCGGAAGGCGCGGCGGCGCGGGAGCGGGAGCGGGAGCGGGAGCGAGGGCGGCGACGCGUCGGACGAGGACGCCGGGUCCGAGGAGGACCCUGAGGACGACCCUGAGUCAGUCUUGGAGCACAUGCUGGACAGGGUUGGGGGGAAGGAGCGCGCGGAGCGCAUCGACAUGCGGCGCAUGGCGGACCUGAUCGACGACAUGUGCAUGUUGGGCGAGAGGCCGUGCCUGCACCCCCUGUUCCCCCCGGAGUCGCUGGAAGAAAAAGAAAAAAAGAAACACCCGGACGUGAAGGGCCCGUCCUUGGUCGACAUUCAGCAGGAGCUCGUGGCGCCGUUCGGGGCGCUCUGGAAGCCGUACCAGCCCAUGUCGGACACCGACGGGUACCUCAAGAUGGCCGGCCUGACCGCCGCGGACCUGCAGCGCGGGAAGCGGGUCGCGGGGCGUUUGACGAGCGUGCAGCGCAAGGUCUUUAUCGCGGUGCUGGACUCCGGGAUCGAGGCGCGGGUGGACCCGGAGAAGUUCGCGUCGCGGCUCGCGACGGACGAGGUCACGCGGCGGAUCGAGGAGGAGCCCGAGGGCCUGCGGAGCGUCGCCGAGGAGAUGGGCAUCGUGCCGGGGGUGGCGAUCAACGGGCGCGUGCUGGACGGGAUGCUGCCGAAGCUGCGCGCGGCGGAGCAGGCCGAGCAGAUGGACGGCGACAUGAUGAUGGACGCCAACGGCGGGCGGAUGUACUCCCCCGGGCAGCAGCCGUUUGACGUCAGGCUGACGUGCCUGACGGCGGACCUCAUGCAGGAGGACCGGUACGAGCGGGAGGUGAUGCACAGCAGGCCCGCGACGCACGACAUGAGCCGGGCGCCGCGUGCGGGCGAGCAGCGCGGCGCGCUGGAGCCGUUCUUCCGCGUCGUGGAUGCAACGCAGCGUGCGCGCGAGAGGGGCCGGAAGGCCGCGGCGCGGCAGCAGCAGUUCGUGCCGCGGCCGAUCGCGCACCCGCAGUUCAAGAAUCUGUCGGUGGACGCGGCGAACGAGGUCGCGAUGGGGCUGAGUCAGGGGGAGUGUCUCUUCCGCCCGUCGACGGCCAAGGCGGAGACCGGGGCCGGGACGGACCGCCUGGUGUGCAUGGUCAAGCUGUACGGCGGGCCUGGGGAGGGCGUCGUGUGCUCCGUGCCGAUCAUCGAGCGCAGGAGCGUGCCGGGGGGGGUCAAGGAAAAGGCCCGCGGGGACCUCACGCUCGGCGACGCGCUGUCCGUCGAGUACCACGGACGCCCGCUCGGGACGAACUUCGAGGACCUGGACGAGGUGGUCGCGUCGUUCGUGUCCCCGAUGUGCGACGGCGCCACGCAGGUCGUCGACAGUCGCAAGUUCUUCGAGGGAUCGGAGUCAGAGGCCAAGGAACACCUGCAGCUCGUGCUGCGCGCCAGCAGCAGCGCCAAGGCGGGCGACUACGUCGUCGGCGUGUCGCGGCGGCAGGAGGGAUGGUUCUACCUCGCGAUGGGCGUCAUGAAGAACGGGACUGUCGGCACCGCGUUUGAAUACUUCGAAUGGGUGCCCAAGGCGCUCACAAGCAGCAAGGACCGCGUCGGCGAGGGCGGCGGGUUCCGCUUCCGGAAGGCGGUGCACAGGAGCGUCGAGUCGGUGGUGAACGCGUUCAAGCAGGACCCGUUCAAGGCCAAGGAGAAGAAACCCGCGCCGCCCGCAGCGGCGAUGCUGGCCAACAGGUAUCCCGGACAGCAGGCCGCUGGGGACAUGGGGGCGCCGCGGGCGGCGGGCGUGGGUGGGUUCGUGCCUGCGCGGGCGCCGGCGUCGUUCCUGCCGGGGCAGGGCGUGGCGCCGCCGCCGCCGCCGACCGCCGCCGUCGCGCGCCGGCCGCACGCCGGGGCACCGGGGCCGCCGCCGCCGCCACCGCCUGGAGGGGACUAUUACCAGGGGGGGUAUUACCAGGAGCCCCCCCCGCCCACGAGCGCGUAG